AUGGGCCUGUGGGGCAUUACGGAAGAUCCCCAAGAGGGGCAACCACAAGAUUCGCUUUGGGACAACAAAUGCAAACAACGGUGGCGACGCGUCGAACAACGACACGCAGGUUCAACGCUAUUUAUCGAACUGGAUCUACUCCAGUACCUCCUCAAAGCGAUAUACACGGGAAGCGGCGUUGAUCAGCGGGCUCCGGAUUGCUGGACGUCGAAGGGAGGUAUGGGCGCAAUAUCCAUCGCAAUGAUCUCCGAUUUCUUCCACCCCGCUGUUGGUGGUGUUGAGAAUCACAUCUAUAUGCUCAGCGCGAACCUCAUUAGCAGAGGACACAAGGUGAUCGUCAUAACCCACAGCCACGGCGACCGCGUUGGAAUACGCUGGCUCCUCCCAUCGCUCAAGGUUUACUACAUUCCUUUUCUACCCAUCGCGUCGUCGGCCACUCUGCCCAAUUUCUUCACUUCGCUUCCCUAUCUCCGGACUAUUCUCCUUCGCGAGCACGUACACCUCAUCCAUGCACACGCCAGCCUUUCUUCGAUUGGGCAUGAAGGCAUCCUCCAUUCCCAUCUUAUGGGCAUUCGGACAGUAUUCACGGACCAUAGUCUCUUUGGUUUCGACGAUGCAGCCAGUAUCUUGACUAAUAAGCUGCUGGUCGGUACGCUGAAGAAUGUGGACGCUAUCAUCUGUGUUUCUCAUACGGGACGGGAGAACACUGUUUUGCGAGGUCAAUUGUUUGAACGAAGUGAAGACUAUCCCAACGUCCUCGAAGUGAGGAAGAGCAUAUAUGUCAUUCCGAACGCACUCGUGGCAGAACAAUUCACCCCCAGUAUGCCACCAGCGAGUGAAACUAGUACCAUUACCAUCGUAGUCCUGUCAAGACUGGCCUAUCGCAAAGGGAUCGACCUCCUCGUUGCAACCGCUCCACGAAUAUGCGCACUUUUCCCAAACGUCAAUUUUGUCGUAGGCAAGUGGGGAGAUGGCCCAAAACUGAUCGAUCUCCUUCAAAUGCGUGAAAAACAUCUCCUUCAAGACCGAAUCGAGCUUCUCGGUCCUAUUCGACACAAGGAUGUCCUAUCUGUCCUCUCUCGCGGGUCUAUCUUCAUGAACACUUCUCUUACCGAGGCGUUUGGAAUUGCUAUCCUCGAGGCCGCGUGUGCGGGUCUGUACGUUGUCUCCACCCGAGUCGGAGGCGUCCCCGAAAUCUUGCCCGAAGACAUGAUCAGCUUUGCGGAACCUGAGGAAGAUGAUGUUGUUCGCGCGAUUUCAGAAGCGGUCCACAUCGUAACGAACGGGAAGCACGACCCGUUCCGCGCGCAUGAACGUAUCAAGACAUUCUACAACUGGGAAGAUGUCGCUACUCGCACCGAGCGAGUUUAUGAGGCCGUGAUGCAGUCCAGACAAAUGGAGCUAAUGGAACGUAUUCGAAGGCACGUAUUCACCCACUGA